CUAACUGUACAAGACCUCUCCCCUUCACUUCACUCUUGACAGUAAGUUGACUAACUGUUCAAGACCUCUCCCCUUCACUUCACUCUAACACACACUUACCAGCAGUUCCCACUCAAUACCAGUCAGUUAACUCACUGUACAAGACCUCUCCCCUUCAGUCUACUGCAGGGUGGGAGAUGCAACAAUGGCCUUGAGAACAGCAGGAAGUGUGUUGGGGGUCUUUCUCUGGUCUGUAGCAGUGGUACUUGGUCAGUAUGUCUGGAGUGUGACUUACACCACUCAGAGUAUCUGUACCUUGGAGGGGUCAUCAGUGAAUCUGUUCUGCUCUUACAUAUAUCCCAGAGGUAAAGUCACAACAACCUUCUGGUUCACUAAAUGGGGGACUGGUGUAGAACCUAAAGAUCUAGGUCAGGACCCAGAGUAUGCAGGUCGUCUGGAGUAUCAUGGGGAUAAGAAGAAAGACUGUACCCUGAGAAUCACAGACCUGAGAGAGAGAGACUCAGCUACGUACAGGUUCAGAUUUCUAACAGAUCAGGAAGGAAGGAAAUAUUCUGGAAGUCCUGGAGUCAAUCUGUCUGUAACAGCUCUGCAGGUGAAGGUGACUCCUGCUGCAGAGGGACAGAAGACACUGACCUGUAGCACCACCUGUACUCUGACUGACAACCCCACCUACAUCUGGUACAAGAACGGACAACAUCUAGAUGAGAGCACCUCCCCCCAGUACAAAGACUCAGUCUCCAGCAACUAUGAAGACAGUUACUCCUGUGCUGUAAAAGGCCAUGAGGAUCUCCACUCUCCUGCAAUGUGUGUUCAGGGUCAGAGCUGCAACAGAGUGACUUUCACCAAGAGGAGAAUCUGUGUCUUGAAGGGGUCAACAGUGGACAUAUCCUGUACUUAUGUUGGUUAUUAUUCCACCACAUCAUCAUUCUGGUUUAGAAGUGAUAAGUCGACCCCUGAAGACCUAACCAGAGACCCAGGGUAUGCAGGUCGUGUGAAGUACCCUGACAAAGAGAGAUGGAGAUACGAAGGUCCCUCCACCCUGAGAAUCUCAGAUCUGAGAGAGGACGACUCAGCUGAGUAUCGCUUCACUUUUAAAACUCACAGCUUUGAAUGGGGUCAUAGUUUCCCAGGAACAACUCUGUCUGUCACAGGUCUGCAGGUGAAGGUGACUCCUGCUGCAGAGGGACAGAAGACACUGACCUGUAUCACCACCUGUACUCUGACUGACAACCCCACCUACAUCUGGUACAAGAACGGACAACGUCUAGAUGAGAGCACCUCCCCCCAGCCAUGA